AUGCUUGAAAGUGAUAGCAUACCACAUGAUCCAACUUUUAAACGAAUGUAUAAUAUUAUUCAUAUUGACGAAAAAUGGUUCUACAUGACUAAAAAGUCUGAGAAUUACUACUUGUUACCAGAUGAAGAGGAUCAAAUCCGCACAUGUAAGAGCAAAAACUUUAUUACAAAAAUUAUGUUUCUAGUUGCCUUAGCUCGUUCGCAAUUUGAUGCGCAAAGAAAUGAGAUUUUUUCUAGAAAAAUUAGUAUGUUUCCUUUUAUUACGAAAGAGCCCGCUAAAAGGACAAGUAUUGACAGAAAAACGGACACAUUAGAGACAAAACUAAUUAUUUUAGUAAAAAGAGAUGUUAUAAGAUUAUAUUUGAUUGAUAAAUUUUUACCCGCCAUUAGAGAAAAAUGGCCAAGAGAGGAUAUUGGAAAUCCAAUUUUUAUUCAACAAGACAAUGCAAGAGUGCACGUCAAAGACGAUGAUGAUGAAUUUCGUCAAGCGGCUACAAAAGAUGGAUUUGAUAUUCGUUUGAUGAGUCAAUCUCCAAAUUCACCAUAUUUAAAUAUUUUAGAUCUUUGA